AUGGCGGCGGUACAAGUGGCCGGCUCCCUCCCGGGUGAGCCGACGCGGGAGGUGCCCCGAGAGCCACCACCGCCGGAGCAGAGCAGUGGGUUCCGCUGCUUGUCGGCCAGGCUCUGCGCCCUGCGCCCGGAUGACAGCAGCUCCGCCCGGACCGAGAUCCACCUGCUCUUCGACCAGCUCAUCUCUGAGAACUACAGCGAGGGCGGCGGCGUGACCCCCGAGGAUGUCAGUACUCUUCUUGUCCAAGCUUGCCGACUGGUGCCUCUUAAUCAGAAUCAUCUUGUUAGCAAAGUGUCUCAACUUAUCCACCAUUUACUUAACAGAUUACAGGUGAUUGUGGAUGAACAGAACCUGGAUUUCCUGCUGGCAUAUGCUAUUUCUGCUCUUCAGCAGUGUAGUUCCUGGACACACAUGGAAAUUCUUCAAGCCCUGGCAGCUCUGGUUUACUGCAAUGGCUCAAAAUGUCAAAAGUAUCUCCCAGACUUGCUAGGCAAGAGCGGGAUUUUGAUGAAGUUGAGUGACUUGGCUCAGCCCGACCCUGAAGUUAGGAGAGCUGCAGUGCACUGUAUGGCAAACUUAUGUCUCAGUGUGCCAGGACAGCCAUACUUGGAGGAGCCCUACCCAAAUAUCUGCUUCCAGGCUUUCUUGACCACUUUACAGUCUCCAAAAUCAUCUGAUAUGGAUGAUAUCACGUUUUGCAUGUUGUUACAAAAUGCAUUAAAAGGCAUACAGUCUCUUCUAAAUGGGGGUAAGAUGAAACUGACACAGACUGAGGAACUUGGAGCUCUUCUGGCUGUGCUAAAGAAGUCUAUGUUUCAUGGACUCCCGGGACUAAACAUAGAGCUGCCCACGGUCUUAUACCCCACUCCACUUCCUCAGUAUGAUGGGCGACCACCUGUCAGACCACAACAAUCUGAAUCUAGCGCUUCCGGACCAACUGCGAAUAAAAAGAAAAAAUCAAAAGUAAAAUCGAAGAAAAUCCAGCAAGGAGAAGAGGAAGAGGAAGAAUCCAGCGGUGAAAAAGAAGUAGCCCGUGUUCCUAGCUCGGGCAGAGAGCACGUGCAUGAAGGGAAGGCUCCCUGUUCCUCCCCCCUUGGAGGCCAGAGUUUGCCGGUGGAGGGAAGCGCUGCAGGAAAAGACCGAGUCUCCCCGCCGUUCCGUUCUGCCAGUUGGAAAAGGGUCAGCAGUAGUGAGUCUGACUAUUCUGAUGCUGAAGGAGGCAUGCAGAGUAAAAUGAGGUCUUACCAAGCCAAAGUUCGCCAGGGAGCAUUAGCUUGUUUUCUUUCUACUAUAAAAUCAAUAGAAAAAAAAGUUCUCUAUGGCUACUGGUCAGCCUUUGUACCUGAUACACCUGAGCUUGGCAGCCCUCAGUCCGUGUCCUUGAUGACUCUUACAUUAAAAGAUCCUUCUCCGAAGACACGUGCAUGUGCUCUGCAAGUUUUAUCUGCUAUCUUGGAAGGCUCAAAGCAAUUUCUUUCUGUUGCUGAAGAUACCAGUGAUCACAGAAGGGCUUUCACGCCCUUCUCCGUAAUGAUUGCAUCCAGCAUUAGAGAAUUGCACAGAUGUCUUUUGUUAGCUCUGGUGGCCGAAUCAUCCUCACAGACCCUUACUCAAAUAAUUAAGUGCCUUGCAAAUUUAGUGUCAAAUUCACCUUAUAACCGUCUGAAACUCAGCCUGUUGACCAAAGUCUGGAACCAGAUAAAGCCUUAUAUCCGCCACAAAGAUGUGAAUGUUCGAGUGUCAAGCUUCACUCUUUUGGGAGCCAUAGUCUCCACUCACGCACCUUUACCUGAAGUCCAGCUGCUUUUACAGCAACCCUGUUCUUCCGGACUCAACAAUAGCAAUUCAGCGACUCCCCACCUCAGCACUCCUGACUGGUGGAAGAAGGCCCCCUCAGGACCCUUUCUGGAAGAAGCAUCAGUUAGCUCCCCAAAGGGGACUUCAGAGCCCUGCUGGCUCAUCCGACUCUGCAUUUCCACUGUUGUAUUGCCCAAGGAGGAUUCCUGUUCAGGUAGCGAUGCUGGCUGUGCGGCAGGAAGCACCUAUGAACCAUCCCCUAUGCGGCUGGAGGCCUUACAGGUGUUAGCUCAUCUGGCUAGGGGCUACUUUUCAAUGGCUCAAGUGUACUUAAUGGAGCUUGGAGAGGUGAUUUGCAAGUGCAUGGGGGAAGCAGAUCCAUCCAUUCAGCUUCAUGGAGCAAAGCUUCUGGAAGAACUGGGUACAGGCUUAAUACAACAGUAUAAACCAGACUCUUCCAUAGCAUCUGAUCAGAGAGUGCCAGUCAGCUUGGUGGUGAUGUUCUGGACUAUGAUGCUGAACGGCCCUCUGCCUAGAGCCCUGCAGAAUUCCGAGCACCCAACUCUGCAAGCGAGCGCCUGUGACGCUCUGUCUUCUAUCCUGCCCGAGGCCUUCAGCAGCCUGCCGAGUGACAGGCAGAUUCUGUGCAUCACCAUGCUGCUUGGGCUGAACGACAGCAAGAACCGAUUAGUGAAAGCUGCGACCUCGCGGGCCCUUGGAGUCUACGUGCUUUUCCCUUGCCUCAGACAGGAUGUCAUAUUUGUUGCAGACACAGCAAAUGCAAUAUUGAUGUCACUUCAAGACAAAUCUCUGAAUGUCCGGGCCAAAGCAGCCUGGUCCUUGGGCAACCUGACAGACACUCUGAUUGUCAACAUGGAGACACCAGACCCAAGUUUCCAGGAAGAGUUCUCUGGUCUCCUGCUCUUGAAGAUGUUGCGAUCAGCUAUAGAAGCAUCCAGGGAUAAAGACAAGGUAAAAAGCAAUGCAGUCCGGGCCCUUGGAAAUUUGCUUCAUUUUUUACAACCAUCUCAUAUAGAAAAGCCCAGGUUUGCUGAAAUCAUUGAGGAGUCUAUCCAGGCCCUGAUUUCUACUGUUCUAAUUGAGGCUGCCAUGAAAGUCCGAUGGAAUGCCUGUUAUGCAAUGGGGAAUGUCUUUAAAAAUCCUGCUCUUCCAUUAGGAACAGCCCCGUGGACCUCCCAGGCCUAUAACGCCCUGACGUCAGUUGUGACAUCAUGCAAGAACUUCAAAGUACGCAUCAGAUCUGCCACUGCCCUUUCCAUCCCAAGCAAGAGAGAGCACUAUGGGUCUGUUGACCAAUACGUUCAGAUCUGGAAUGCAUUGGUCACUGCCUUACAAAAGAGUGAAGACACCACAGACUUUUUGGAAUUCAAGUACUGUGCCAGCCUACGGACCCAAAUCUGCCAGGCACUGAUUCACCUGUUGAGCUUGGCCAGUGCCUCAGACCUGCCCUGCAUCAGAGAAACCCUUGAAUUGAAUGGGGACAUGGUGCAGUCCUUUAUCCUACAGUUUUUAAAAUCAGGAACAGAGGGAGAGGACACUGGAGCACCCCACAACUUGCAUGAAAGAGACCAGCUGGUCAGAACAGCCUUGGAGCACAUAAGCAGUAUCCAGGCACUGGCUGGCAACACAGCCAAGAGGGCCAUCAUGGGCUUUUUAGAAGAUAUCCUCACCAUUUACUGUGACUUGUCUGGAUCACAAGUAGCGCUCCCAGGAUUAACAACAGAUCGGUGAAUAGUCCACCAUACUUCCAAGUGUCAAGUGAUCAAGUUGCAUUUAUAGAAAGCUUCCCGCAGAGCUGAUGUUCAGCCAGUUUGCAUUGGUGUAGCUGCUUCAGUCGCUAAAAUACUGCAAAGUUCCUUACAGAGAGUUGCUGUCUUCCCUCUGCUGUGUUCUUGGUUGCUCAGGAAAUACUCCGGCAGUUUGGGAAAAAGAGUAGUCCAGAAACUGAAGGCCCGCUUUUCCAUUGGUAGAGUACCAACCGGUUUCCAAAGAAUUAGAACACAGAGCACUAGACAGAAAUACUGUCAACACACCAUGAACCUCUCGUGAUGACAAAUAGCUGGAUUCUCCUGACUGCUCCUUCAGGUCGCCUUGGACAAGGGAAAGGACGAGAUGUGUGGGAGGCCACAUACCUAACAGAACCUUCCCGAGUUCUGCCUCUUGACCCAUCGCUGCGGGCCAGUCAGAAAUUAUAGACCCAGUUUCCAAAAGCUUUGGAAUUAUACCUGGGUUUUAAAGAACAACUGCAACUUAAUAACCACAUCUGUGGGCAAGUUAUUUGACCUCUCAUCUGUAAACUGGGGAUAGCAGUACCUCAGAGUUUAAGGAGUAUGUCACAUGGUACAUGGAAAGCAUCCAGCUUGGAGUUGGCACAGAGCAGGUGUUCAAUAAAAAAUGGUGCCCUCCUGGGUGUUAUGCUAUAUGUUGGCAAAUCAGACUCCAAUAAAAAAAUAUAAAAAAAGAGAGAGAGAGAGAGAGAGAGAGAAAGAAAGAAAGAAAGAAAGAAAGAAAGAAAGAAAGAAAGAAAGAAAGAAAGAAAGAAAGAAGGAAAGAAAGAAGAAGAAAAAAGAAAGAAAGAAAUGGUGCCCUCAUUACACUUUUCUUUGACAUCUUUCCUGGGCUUGAAUGUCUGUCUCAUUAGAGAAAGAUCAUUGGAGUGGGAUCUUGAAGAAGCAUAUGUCUACUACUAAAAGUACAAACUUUGAGUCUUCAGGUCAAAACUAAAGAGAUCUUCAGCUCCAGUGGACAAGGAAAUUAUCUUAGUGUUGGGGCCAGUGUCUCAGAUACUUAACAUUCAUUUGCCUUUCCUGUACAGCACACCCAAGGACCACAGCAUGGCCACUAGAAACAGCAGCACAAAUGCAGUUGGGGGUGGUGGUGGUAGUGGUGGUGGUGGUGGUAGUACAACCCCUCUAUAGUUAGGAUUCAAAGCAGCAGCAGCUUGGAUCAUUUGCAGAAGCCUUUCCUUGUGAAUUACUGCUUUGCAAUUGAUUCCAUGACCAACUAGGAUUUACUGUAGGAAUGCAGACAUUUUUUCAAUGAGCAGUUCAAUUAAUAAAGUGUUAUCACAUUAACAUGUCAAGUAAGAAAAAACCCCAAUAGCCAUUUUUAUGGAUUGUGAAAGCAUUUGAUAAAGUUUAAUUUCCUUUUCUGAUCAAAAUUCUUUUUAAAGGGACACCUAGGUGGUUCAGUGGUUGAGCAUCUAUCUGCCUUUGGCUCUGGACGUGAUCCUGGGGUCCUGGGAUCAAGUCCUGCAUCAGGCUCCCCACAGGGAGCCUGCUUCUCCCUCUGCCUGUGUCUGCCUCUCUCUGUGUGUCUCUCAUGAGUAAAUGAAUAAAAUAUUUUUUUAAAAUUCUUUUUAAAAAAUUAAGAUAAUUGUUAACAUCAUAAAAUAUACUUCUCUUUUCAGUGUCUUUCCUUAAAAAGUCAGCAAUGACAAGCAAGCCUGUCAUCACAACUAUUACCUAAUGCUAUACAAGAUUCAAUGGCCAAGGAGGGGAUUAAACCAACAAUAGAGUUUUCCAAAAAAAAUUUUCAAAGAGAGUUUCUGAAUUAUCAUUAUUUAUAGAACAGUCUGAGACCCUGAAUUCACAAAUCACUAUUUGCAGAAAGUCAAGAUAAUCAGCUCAGAAAAUAAUAGAACUAAUAAAAGUUCUUAAAUCCUUAAGGUAGCUGUUUACAAUUUGCCCAAAUCAAUGGUUCUUCCGUAUGUCAGGCCAUAAUUGGAUGCAAUUUUUUAUGUCAGAAAAUAUUCCAUUCACACUAGUAACUAAAAGUAAUAUGUAUCUAGGAAUAAAUUUAAACAAAGCCAAUGCAAAGAUUUUGUGAAAAAAUAAAAAAUGUUCAAAGGUCACAAAAGCAGACAUUAAAAAGAGAAGGUAUACCAUGUUCUAGAUUAAAGGAUUCAAUAUUAUAAAAGACCAUUUCUCUUCAAACCUAUAAAUUUAAAUUUCCAUCAAAAUCAAAAUAAGAUUGUUUUUGAAUGACGAAACCAUUCUCAAUCUCAUCUAGAAAAGUGAAUGCAAAAAUCCAAACCUAGGAAUCAGGCUUUUAGCCACCAGGCUGUGGGAGAAAAGAAUUUCUCCCUAAAUUAGUGUGCCUCAUGGAAACACCCCAGCCUUUGUAAACCCACGCCCCUGUUUGUGAAAUAAAAAUUCAACUCUCAUUCGAGGCCUUCUCCGUCCUGUCCCUCCCACUGGAUGCAGCUGUAGAGUGCGGACUAAAUGCGUGGAACAGCUAUCCCAAGGGGAAGGAGUAAAUAGGGAACAUCUGGGGGCGGGGACAGGCAAACUCCGAGCACCAGCAGACUGGCACUAAGUUUGCCAUUUCCCCCUAUGGUCUCCCCUGGCUUAGACCCCAAGCACACAGAAACCUGGACUUGCAGACCAGAUGCAGAUCACAAGAGAGAAGGUCUCUGUUUCCUCCUCUAGGAAAGGCAAAGAAGGCCGCAUUGGUCAUGGUCAUCAGUCAGAGCGAGUGGGGAAACCCUGUUUGAUGUUGCUUCUUACACCAGCCCCUUGACAAGCCCGCUCAGCAGGGGUUCUUGCAGCUAGGCUGUUGCCUAAAACUCCUGGGAGGGAACUCUUCUCUGUCCAGAGGAAGUGCAGCCCUAGCCUCAAGGGAGUGAUGGCCAUUGCUUUCUCUCUCCCUCUAGGUUUUCUUAUCUGACCUCUUAAUAUGAUAAUAUUUUGUUAAUAGAACUUUGACACCAAAGGGAAAUUUGAAACUUUGGGAAUGAAAGAAGAACAACAGAAAUGGAAACCAUGUGGGUAAAUAUAAUCAACUAGUUCCCUCGGGGACACCUAGGUGGCUCAAUGGUUAAGCCUCUGCCUUGUAGGGCAUGAUCCUGGGGUCCAGGAUCAAGUCCCACAUCGGGCUGUUUGCAGGGAGCCUGCUUCUCCCUCUGCCUAUGUCUCUGCCUCUCCCUCUCAUGAAUAAAUAAAUCUUUUUUAAAAAAUCAACUAUUUCCCUCAUCUCGAGCCUUUUAUAACAUAUUUUCAAUGAAAGUGAAACAAUGUCUGUUGGAGUUUUCGUAAAUGUAGGAAUAGUACGUAUGAAAAUUUUAAGAGGUAGGGUAUUGGGAUCUGUAUAGUAGUAAUAAGAUUUCUACACUUCACUCGAAGCGAUAAAAUAUUAAUCCUAAAUAGAUUAUGAAAAGUUAAGUGUUUUUGCAAUCCCUAAGGACACCAUAUUUAAAAAUUACACAAAAAGAUAGUAAAAAAACUAGAUUACUUGAAAUACAAAAAAAAAAUUCAGUUAAGACAGGAAAAGAGAAAACAGGAAUGAAAAACAUAGGGAACAAAUAGAAAACAACAAAAUGGAGUAGCCCUAUAUCUAAAUAUGUCAACAAUUGAAUUCAAAAGGUCUAAAUUAUACCAGUUAAAAGAGAUUGUCAGGAUGUUUAAAAAAAAAAAAAAAAGGCCCUUAAUA